GGAGGACUGUUUCCAGUUAUGAGUAGCAGCCCAGAUACCCUGGAAUAUCAUAUGCAGCUAUGCCUCUGUAGGCUGAGUGACCAAAACCUCAAGGUGGCUCAUGGAGAGCUGGUGGGCAUGCAACUGCUCAUGGAAGACGUACUUCUGAGUAACUAUCCUAUGGUCACGGAGGAUGUCCCAGGACAGCAGACCACACUAGACAAAAACAUACAGCCAAAUUUGCCCAGAGCGUCAGGAUUCGGAAGUCAGUUCCAGAGCAGCCCAAAGGCCCCCGAGCUUCUGGGGGGCCCAUGUGAUGCAGUGAUGUCCCUUGCUUUGCUGAGGUCAUUUCUGGUGCUGUGGAAGCAGCUGGAAGUGCUGAAGGAGCAGUGGGGCCGGCUCAAGCUGCGAGGCCAGGACAUCAGUUCUGUCUCUCUCCACAAUCAGUUCUCGGAGCUCUACGGAACUGACAUUCUGUACCCCAGCAUGAAAGCUAUAGCUAAGAGGAUGGGGAAAGAAGAUGAACUUGAAGAACUUAAUAGUCAGUCCAUUCUUCCCCCUGAAGGAGCUUCAGAGAUUGAAAUAAAGGUUGUGCAGCUUCAGAAACUUCUGGAAAAUCUUGAAAUGCAUAUGAUCCAGGAAGUAUUAAGAAACGUUAACAGAGAGAUAACACUGGUUGUGUCAGAAAAGUCCAAGGAGCAGCAUACUCUCCCCACAGACCUUUGGAAACACCAAGUCAUGGAAGAAAACUUUUCAGUUAUCAGUCCACAAAUAGUUGAAAAUUUUAUACAGAGAUUAAUGGAGAAUUACCAGGAUGGUGGACUAGAGAUCACGUUCAGCAAAGACCACCUCGAGGCCUGCCUCCUUUCCCUGGGCUCUGAUGUGAUGGCAAGAGAACGCAGCAACUUCGAGAGCUACUCCAUGUGUUACGAGCAUGUGUUGAAGCAUGUGAGGCAGAAGCUCUGUCAGAAGGAGCAGGAAUUAGAUAUUUUACGAAGAGGUCAGAGUCCACCUGAAGACAAUGCUGCUCAGGUUGCGGAGCUCAGUCAUAAUAUGAUCAUGGAAAUCACUGCUCUGAGAGCCCGACUCACAGAUUUGGAAGAGGAGAAUCUGAAUCUCCAAAAGCAAAUCAGAAGCGAAGUGCAAGAAGAAUAUGAAUAUUUGGUCAAAACCUUGUUUAUGGCAUGUUUACACAUAAAAGAGAAGCUGCGUGAGAAUCAGCUUAAUUUGAUCCAGAAAGUCUGUGAGCUCAUCAGCGAAGUGAGAACAGAAUGGAUGGAUCAUAUGAAGGACCUAAAGAAAAAAUGGGGCUCUGCCAGACCUGAUGAAGGAAUGAAAGAAAACGCAGCCAAAGAGCAGCUGCAGGACUUGGAGCAGGAGAACUGCAGCCUGGUGGCCCUGGUGUGCAAAGUGAGGAGCCUGGGCCGCUGGAGGCUGGCUGCGCAGCAGGCUCAAUUCCGGGGCCAGCUGAGCAGGGCCCAGAAGGAAGCUACACAAAGUAAAAAAGAGUGUUCGAGCAUCAAGCUAAUGGCAGAACAAGAAGUGGUUCUAUUUCGACAACAGUUACUGGCCCUGAGGCAGGCCCUGGCCAAGGCGCAGGCCCUGGCCAAGGCGCAGGCCCGCAACGUGAGGAUGUGCGAGCAGCAGGAGAGCCAGGCCCGACGACUGAAAGAGUUAGAACACCAAGUGACCCGGGAGUCUCUCCACCGGCAGCAGCUGGAUUUGCUGAAAACCUCCAGCAUGGAGAAGCUCUUGGAAGAUGUGGAGCAGAAAGAACAGCACCUGCAGCUCCUCACUGAAGAGGCUGAGCGGGCUGCCAGCCUGGGCCAGCUCCAGAGGAAGAAAUUGCAGAGGGAGCUCCGACAGAUGAGAAGCCAGCUUGCCCAGGAGCGCAGCAUGAAACUGGACGCUUUCCAGUGUGUAGAAGAGCUACAAAGUCAGCUUAAUGACUCUGUGAGAUCCUCUGUCCCGAUGAGCUCACCUGGAGGCCUUACAGCUCGGGCUCCGUACUCCCUCAGUUCUGCUUCCGCAUCAUCCAGAUACUCCCAGCAACACCUUUUAAAGACAAAUCUUAUGGGCAAUAAAACAAGGACUCAAAGGCCAAAGACUGUACCUACUAAACACAGAAAAAGGGCUGAUGAUGUCUUCCUACCCAUUGUGGCAGAAAAUGUUCAACUUUCAGCUUUUCAAGUUCAAACAGCUCCAUCCAGAACCCCAUUCAGACCUGACUGGUAAUCCUAAUCCUUUUCCAACUUUUAUUUCUAUAAGCAUUUAA